AUGGCUUUGAAUACUAACAAUGAUCCUUUGAUGUGCAAGUGCUUCCCUACAAGUUUGGCUGGACCAGCCCUCAAUUGGUUCAAGAAUUUGGCUCAAGGCUCAAUCGCUAGUUUCCAGGACUUGUGUGACAAGUUCAUAAGCCAGUACUAUAGGAAUAAACGCUCGACUAAGGAUAUAUCAAGCCUUUUCACAAUGAAGCAGCACGAAGAUGAACGACUCCAAGCUUUCCUCACCCGGUUCAACCUUAUUAAAAGCAUGGUAAUGGAAUGUCAUCCAUCCACAACGGUCCAAGCAUUUAAACUUGCAAUGAACCAGGGGACACCGUUCCACACAAGCUUGGUGGUCAAUACGCCGAAGACCAUGGACGAGCUGAACGAGAGAGCUGAUGGUUUUGUGCAUCUGGAAGAAGAAAAGGCAGCUAAUGCAAGGAAGACGUCAAUUAUUUUGAUAGAAAAGAAGUCCAAAGCCAAGAUCCAGCAAAAACAAGCUCAGCCACAACGUCAGACCUCCUGGAAGGCAGAGAAAAAGUCCAAAGAGGAGGAGUUGGUUACUCCACUCAGAGUCACUCUAACAAGGCUAUAUCAAAAGAACAAAGAUAAGUUUUGCCCUCCCUUACCAAUCAGACAACCUCUUGAACAAAUGGAUCAAACUAAACAUUGUGUUUUCUUUAGUGAUUUUGGACAUCAGACUAAUGAAUGCAGGAACUUAAGGAGACAAGUAGAGAUGUUGAUCGCAAAGGGGGAAUUUGUAAGAUAUGUUCAAGGUCCGGCGCAAGAGCAGAAUCGACCGGCUGAACAGAUCAAGAGAAAUCAGAAGCCGAACCACCACAGUACUCAGCCCGUUCGGAUUAUAAAUGCAAUUCAUGGCCGACCUGAACAGACAACGGAGUCAGAGGAGUUGCUCAGAACGCGAUUACGCCAGGCCCAGUUGAAGAAAAUGAUUGGCAGUGUACAUACUUUGCAUCAGCAGAACGUAUCAGCACAGAUAAAGUUUGACAAAACAGACCUGCUACGCGUUUAG